UAGAGCUAAAGGGGGAGGCUUUCGAAACCCAAAAUUCCCAUCUCUUGUUUCUUGGUUGGACCAACCGGCUCCGAUCCCUCUCUGUCUUGUCGUCAUUUUAUCAUCAACUUAGAGACGGCCGCCGGAGGUUACGUUAGUCAUACUAUGCAUCCAUGAGGUUUGUGCAAGGGCGUCGUUUGCUUGCAUCGCUUGGCAGACGCUUUCCUCCUCGGCAACCUAAACCUACAGAGCAGCCAGAGCGGCCUCGAAUUCGAUUGCGGCCGGGAGAUCCUUAUGGUAGGCCCCGGCCUCGUGACUUCGUCAUGGAGAUGAUUGAGCGUAUGAAACUACUUACUGCGGAUGAAAAGUUGAAAUUUGGCUAUAUAUUCAGUGAGCUGCUGGGUCUUCCAAAACCUCUUGAGAUAAAAAGCAAAGAUAAGAAAUUUGCUGUGAAGUUGGUCAAGUAUGACCCUGAUAAAAGGUCCAAAGUGCUUAAAGAGGUUGCAUGGAUCAAAUCUACAGUAGUAGUGAUCAAACAUUUGGCCGAGUUGGGUCUGCAACCAUCGCUCCAAUGUGUGCAGGACGUCCCCUACUCCCUCAUUAAAGAUGAUGUCACAAAGGAAGAAGCUAAUGAAAUCAUUGCCAAGAUCCAAGCUGCUGGUGGAGUCGCUGUUAUGGAGCCAAUGGAGUGAUCAUCAGCAACUUUGUUUUAUUUCUAAUUGUGUGUGUUAUUUUAUGUUUGUCUUGUGAUUACAGUAGGUACGUAGUGGAUGUUUUGUAUGAGAACAAAUUAAUCACCCUAAACCUUAUCUCGUGAUGCAUCUCCUUCUCUCACUUUAUUGUUGUGUUUAUUUCUUCUUGUAAUGUUUGCCGUCAUGUGAAGUUCUUUCUUGAAGCA